CUGGCGUUCACCGCCGUGCUCCUCGUCGCAGGAGGCAUCGUCAUGGAAUUCUUGGUCAUCCUGUCAGGCCUAAACAGUUCGCCAUUGAACCGCGUCUACUUCCUGCAAGCAGACACCACGGGUAUCACAGGCGGGAACGACCACUUCCGAAACCCUGCACGAUGGACCUACCUGGCCAUCUGCGGUGUUGACAAUGGCCGCAACGCGAACUGCAACCCGAGGGGCGCCGCGAUUCCAUUCAGCCCAGUGAGGAACUUUGGAACUACGACUGGAGUGCCAGAGCAAUUCAUCGGUACCAACUCUUACUACUAUCUCAGCCGUGUCGCCUGGGCAUUCUACCUGGUCGCACUGUUCUUCUCGGUCUGCACAUUUUUCACCAGCAUUGCCGCAUACUUUGCGCGUCUCGGUGCCUAUAUGACCGGCUUCUUCGCCUUCCUGGCAUUCCUCUUCCAGGCUCUGUGCUCCUCGCUCAUGACCGCAUGGACCGUCAAGGCACGCAACGCCUUCCGCAGCAACAACCAAUCUGCUUCCCUCGGCGUCAAGGCAUAUGCUUUCUCCUGGGCAUCGACUGCUUGCUUCCUCUUCGCAGCACUUCUCUUCUGUGUCGGUGGCAGUGUUGGCAAGAGCAAGAACAUCAAGUCCAAGGGCUACUUCGGCCGCAAGAAGAGCACUCGAAGCAACCACACCCGAGGAAGCUUCAUCGACAGCAACGAGCGGGGCAUCAAGGAUGAGUAUGUAAAAUCCUAA